AUGUCUAGCUUAGAAGAAGAGGAAGAGGGUCGUGCUUGUGUGACAAAUGGCUUCUACGGGUGUUACCUUCUAGUAUCAGUGGGCUCGCGAUGUAAAGGAAAGACCUACAUUGGAUUUACCGUCAACUCAAAUAGGCGUAUUUUGCAACACAACGCUGGUCCUCAACGCGGAGGAGCCAAGUCAACGUCAGGAAAGGGUCCUUGGUAAUUUCUGUGGUAAAUCUUAUUUACAAGGAUUAUGGCAUUGAUUGUUCAUGGCUUUCCGAGCGACAUAUCUGCCCUUCAGGUAACUUAUAAGUUAAAUAUAUAUAUUUAACCUUAUAAUUUUUUAUAGUUUGA